AUGAGUGACCAAGGUUCGAAUGAUUAUCAAUAUCAACUCGUGGAAUAUGUGGACGAGACCACUCUUGAUGGCAACAUUGCAAUCGAGAUCCUCGAAAAGGGAAUAUCUCCCAAAUCUUCAUGGGAAUCCUAUAAGGUCAAGAUUUUGGCUAAAGCAGACUCUAUAAAAAAAGCGCAGAAGAAGCUCAACCAUCUCUGCAGACAACGUUCAGGAGUCGACACAGCAGAUUCUGAGCCAGAGAAAAAUACGACAAAUGUCGCCAAAAUUUAUCAAAGACGACUCUUACUCCUAAAAUCUCGCCAAAAAUUGCGUGAUGACAAUAAAAAUGAUUCUUUGAGGAUGUUCUUGGCCGACUAUAUCGAUACAUCUCAGGGUAUCCUUUCAUGUGAUAAUCGUCUCACCAUCCAUAAUUUCAAAAGAACCUUCCAGUCUGAUUUGAGUAACCACACACAGGCUGUACAACGUACAGUAAUUGCUUCCAAGUCUUUAGAAAAUCUUCAGGGAGAAAAAAUCGAACUAAUGGAAGACAAAUUGGGAAUGAAAAUGCCAAUGAAGGCUCCAGAGGACUUUGAGGAAUCGGAAAAAUUGUUAAAUUUAGAGAUUACAGAGCAUGUGAUGGAUUUUUUGGAACAAGUCACUUAUACAUCGAAGGAUUGCAAGAAGGAUAUCCAGGGAAUUCUUACAGUCUUGAUAAAAAAAGCCAUUCAACUUGAAUAUAGUAGCGCUGGACGAAAAGUGCAAGGAGUGGGGAAGAAGGCUUUCAAUGCAACUCAAACGUGCAACUGCAUAAGAGAAUUUCUCAUAGCCAAAUACCAAAUAUCAGAAAAGUCAAUGAAUAUGCUUACGAUAACUAGUGACUGGUUAUCAGGAGCAGGUUAUCGAGAAAGAAGAGCUUCAGAGAAGAAAAGGACUCGAAAUUCCAUUUAACAUUGAUUGCAAGGAGAGGCCAUAGAAAGAUGCGUUGACGUAAUGUUUCAGUGCUGAUAGCACGUACCAUAAACUUAUAUUAUAAUAUUUUGUAUUUGAAAAAUAUAUAAAAAAUAAAAAAAAUGGUUUGUCAAUAUGAGUUUUCUUUUCACAAAAUUUAGUCCUGAAACAAGCUUCAACCAGGCUUUGCUCACCGGUGAAUAUCGCGCGUAGAUCACUCCAAAUUUCCAGUCUUCAAACACUCAAGAAUAC